AUGAAUCCCACUUCCACCCAAACGGGUGCAUUCACGUUUGGUGCCCAAGCUGGCACUCCAGCCUUCGGUGCGGCCGGUGCGACUCCCACAGCAUCUGCAUUCGGAGUAACUAAUGCGCCGUCUACAACACCCUUCGCAUUUGGUGCCACCAACGUCAAUAAGCCAGCGGUAGCGUCUUCUGCACCACCGACCACCAGGAGCAACUCUGGCGGAUUCAGCUUUGGGGCAGCUACCGCUGCUGCAGCCAACGCAGGCAAUACGAAAUCGACCAAUAUAUUCGGAUCUCCAUCUACUGGCCUUACUAAUCAAGCAGCGCCAACAGCCAACACAGGCAUAGCGAAACCUGCAUUUAACUUUGGUGGGGUACCCACAAAUACCAACGAUGCCGCAAAGUCUCUAUUUGGUGGAGCUGCAACAAACGCAGCCAGCAACACGAGCAGUACAAAUACAUUUGGUGCACUUGCAGCUGCCAACAGCAAUCCAGGUAACAAAACAUUCAGCUUCGGCAGCAGUGCGGCCACAAGCAGCAACCCUUCAUCAAAUCCCUUCGCCGCUGCAGCAAGUAAACCGGCUUCUGGUGGCUUUUCUUUCAACGCCAGCACGACAGGCAGUAAACAGGCGGUCGCUGCUUCCACAUUAGCUUCCAAUUCCACCACACCGUUCGCAUUUGGUGGUACAUCCAACGGUGGCGCAGCUGCAUCCUCAACGGCAGCUCCAUUUAGUUUUGGUGGCGCUAAUAUGACUGCAACAGCAAACAAAACGUUCACUUUUGGCAGCAGCAACACUGCCUCGGUAGCUCCGGCAGUAAAUGCUAGUAGCAUUUUCGGAGGUGGUGCACAGAGCGCACAGCAAACUUCUGUGGCCCCAUUUAGUUUUUCAGCUGGUACCUCGAGUGGUGUCACCCCAGUGCCAGGCGCGGCACCCACAGUUGCUGCAAAUAUAUUUGCACCGCCUGCAGCGCCUGCUGCAGUCAGCGGUGCUGCAGGAGAUCGACCCAUACGCCGGGCAACACGGCGCCUUCAAAAAACUUAA